UUCUUUUUGAUGAAGCGCAAAAGAAUGAGGUUGGACUACGUAUCCCAUCAUGCAACGCGCCGCGUCGCUUGAUGAUGACGCGUUGAUCCGUGCGCCGUAUUUGUUUACAGUUUAGCUGUCGGAAGCGGAUGAAAACGGCGCUCAAAACUAAUUUAACGUCCGUGUGAUAAAUCUAAGUAUCAAACGUUCCUGCCACAAUGUCCCAGCAAGCGGCACCCUCCGCUGCGGACUCCCCGGCGUUGGUGGUGACCACCAGCGUGCAGAAAUACGCCAUAAAGAAAAAGGAGAUCCUAAACCCAGAGGAGAGUGAGUUGUAUGAGCUGAGCCAGGCUGCGGGCAUCACUGUGGACCAGGAAGUGUUCAAGAUCCUGGUGGACUUGCUGAAGAUGAACGUGGCCCCUCAAGCGGUCUUCCAGACUCUGAAGGCCAUGUGUGCCGGCCAAAGGGUCGCCGAAAGCUGUGGCGGCGAUUCCGUCACGGCCUCUCACGGCGCCGGAAUCACCACGACUAAGGCGGAUGCCAGAGAUGAGAGCUCCGGAAAGAGUGCUAAAGUCCCCGCGGGUGUUUCCACGGGGCCCGGACCCCGAGCCACCAGGGUCAGCGCCAAAAUGGCGGCCUACGGCUCCCAGGACGUCGGCAGCGCUCCUCAUGCUCAAGCAGCGCGAAGCAAAGCGACAUCCUCUUCAUCAACAAAUCCCGCCGACAAGACACGUGAUGCCUCUGGCCAGCGCGUGCAACGGCAGCCCAGCGCCAGCAGAGGACAGAAGACCAAAAGCUCUGGAAGCAGCAGCUCCUCCUCGCAGAUGUGACCUGACUACAGACAAUCAUGGAAAUAGGAAACCAUUUCACUUACAUUGAUAGGGAACAUUAUAGAUAUUUAUUCGUCCUGGCACGGUCAGCUGAUCUGGAAGGAAGUGCCUUGAUCUGCUCCACCAAAUGCGGGAGUCCCUCAUCCAAGAACAAAAUUGUGCCCAGCCAAAAUACAGAGCGGCUCCUAGUAACUCUAACAAGUUAACAAAAAGUUCAUGUCAGGUUCAUGCUCACAGUGCGCAUUGGUUGGGAAUUAUUGCUCAACCGUAUUGUAGGAACUUAUAAAAAUCAUGUAACAAAUGUUCUGGUAGCAUCUGUGUGCAUCUUUAAAUGUUUUCAUAAUAAAGCUUAAAAUACAAAA